AUGCCUACCGACCUCCUUACAAUCGUGUUGACGUCGUUGCGUCGUACAGAAUUAAGUUUGUGCGGCGUACAAUUCCGCUUUUGUUCUUUUUUCAUUCUCAUCUUCUUUCACAUUUUUCUUUCCUUUCUUUCUUUCUUUCUUUCUUUCUUUCUUUCUUUCUUUCUUUACAUAUCCGCUUCAAUAUAUCUCACUUGUUCUCAUUCCUACUUCCUUUCCUUCUUUCUUUCCUUCUCUCUCUAUUUAUUUCUUUCUAUCCGCUUCAAUAUAUUUCGCGUUCUUUCUUUCUUUCUUUCUUUCUUUCUUUCUUUCUUUCUUUCUUUCUUUACAUAUCCGCUUCAAUAUAUCUCCUUUUCUCAUUCCUACUUCCUUUUCCUUCUUUCUUUCCUUCUCUCUAUUUAUUUCUUUCUAUCCUUUCAAUAUAUUUCGCGUUCUUUUCUUUCUUUCUUUCUUUCUUUUCUUUCCUUCUUUCUUUCUUUCUUUCUUUCUUUCUUUCUUUACAUAUCCGCUUCAAUAUAUCUCCUUUUUCUCAUUCCUACUUCCUUUCCUUCUUUCUUUCCUUCUCUCUCUAUUUAUUUCUUUCUAUCCGCUUCAAUAUAUUUCGCGUUCUUUCUUUCUUUCUUUCUUUCUUUCUUUCUUUCUUUCUUUCUUUCUUUACUACAUUUGCUAGAUUUUCGCUCUCCGACCGUCUCUAAUUCACUCAGACAAGAACUCCUUGGCCUCGCAUUGACCACGUCGCCCAUUGGACGGGUGUUGUUAUUAUUUAUCUCUACACCCAUUUUUCUUUUUUCUUUCUUUUUUGGUCAUUUUAUUCUCUCCCUAUUGGAAUUCUUUCUUUCGUUUUCUUUGUAUUUCUCCUUAUCACUCCUUUUAGCGCUUUCUUUCUUAAAGAUUUUCUUUCUUUCUUUCUUUCUUUCUUCAAGAUUUUCUCUUUUUCCUUCUUUCUUUCUUUCUUUCCUUUCUUCCUUCCUCAUUUAUUUCUUUCUUUUUCCUUUUUUUUCCCUUAUCUCUUUCCUUCCAUCGCUUUCUUUCUUUAACAUUUUUCUUUCUUUCUUUCUUCUUAUUCUCUUUUUCUUUCCUUCCUUUCCUCCUUAUUUCUUUCUUUCUUUCUUUCUUUCUUCCUUUUUCCUUAUGUCUUUCCUUUCAAUUCUUUCUUUAUUUAACAUUUUUCUUCUUUCUUUCUUUCUUUCUUUCUUUCUUUCUUUCUUUCUUUCUUUCUUUCUUUCUUUAAGAUUUUCUCUUUUUCUUUCUUUCUUUCUUUCUUCCCUUAUAUCUUUCCUUUCAACUCUUUCUUUCUUUAACAUUUUUCUGUCUUUCUUCAAGAUUCUCUCUUUUUCCUUCGUUCGUUCGUUCGUUCUUUCUUUCUUUCUUUCUUUCUUUUUCCUUUUUCCCUUAUACCUUUCCUUUCAGCUCUUUCUUUCUUUAACAUCUUUCUUUAACAUCUUUCUUUCUUUCUUUCUUUCUUUAACAUUUUCUCUAUUUUUCUACUUUCUUUCUUUCUUUUUCCCUUUUCUCCUUAUAUCUCUCCUUUCAGAUCUUUGUGUCUUUCUUUCUUUCUUGCUUUCUUUUCAUAUCUUCGUUAUUUCAAUUUUUUCUCUUUUUCUAGUGCAUGUUUUAUUCUUUUCUUCUCCCCCGUUUCAUCCUUUUCUUGUCUUUAUUCGUUUAAAAUCUCUCUCUCCCUCUCUUUCACUCUCUCUCCUUCUCUCCCUUCUGUUUUUUUCUUUCUUUCUUUUGCUUCUCUCCUUAUUUACACUUCUACCUUUCCCGUCUGUCCCAGGUACCUCUGUACAUUUGGCCACCCGGUGCUAUGUCCUGGUCGGCGGUACAAGUCUAUACACAUCAAUACCUUAUUAUUUUAGUCCCUACCACAGACCCAGUAAUGAAAUCUAA